GAACAUGUACUGGCCGGGCCCCCUACAGGAGGCCCAGUGGUACCCCCCCUUAUUGGCUGCCCUGCCUAUAGAAUGAGGUAACUGGAUUUACUACCCUUAUGUUUCACUAACUGAGGACCAGGGGCGGACUGACAACUCAUGGGGCCCCCGGGCAAUAGGGGAUCAUGGGGCCCCUAUGUCCUUGCUCAAACUUAAAAAAGCCUAUGAAAGAGGUACCAGGGGCAUCUCAUGGGGCCCCCUAAUGACCCCGGGCCCUCAGGCAGUGCCCGAGUUUCCAAAUGGUCAGUCCGCCCUUGCUGAGGACUGAUUUCUAA